GGUCACGUGGCCUCCGCCACUGUUUGGAUUCCGGGCUCGCCUGAGACAGGCGGGGCCGAGAUGGCCGACAACUGCAAACCCGUGCACAUUCUUUGAGAAACAAACAUAUUCGGCAAUUCCAGCUAUUUUCAUGCAGUACCUCAGAAAGCCCGUUACUCGAUUCCUGUCAGAAGUCAUGGAGAUAACGUCGGACGGAGAGGCGGCGGAACGCAGGCGGGAGCUCUGGAAGUUGUUGUCCAGCCUGAAGACCACAGUGGAGGGCCUCCUGACCACAAACAACCCCAACGUCUGGUCCCGCUACGGCGGCCUGCAGCGCCUACACAAGGACAUGAACAACAUUCUUAGCCAUUGCCUGAAGAAUGAGCAGGUGUAUUAUAAGCAGAGAGACUACUGGCCAUUUGUGUGGUGUGUUCGUUACAUCAACCCUCAGUUUGCCUCACAUGUUGAACAGUUCAGUCAUCUGGAGCCUGUAGUGAGCAGCAGGGUGCAGAGUGCUGGUGAGAGCUACAAGGCUGAGCGCUGGCUGCUUUACAGCUUGCAGGUCCACAUGCUGUCAGCUCAGCUCAAACCUCUGCUUCGGCAUCAGGGACAUACAAGAAAAUACUACAACGAGGAUGCCUACCUGCUCAGCGAGCCACACGUCACCGCCAUGUUCCAGUGUCUUGAAGCUGUGGAGCAGAAUAACCCCAAACUGUUGGCCAAAAUAGACACAGUGGGGCUGUCCCCUCUCAAGAACCCACCAUGCCUUGGCCUGUUGAAAAGCCAGAGCCUGUGUGUGUUGCCCGGGGCUGGUGGGGCCUGGCGAACCGCUGACUCUGCACCUGCAAGAGAGUCUUUAAACCGGAGGCUCACCACAUCGAACAACUCCCUUAGAGAUGUGGCCGCCUCGACCACCAGUGGCAACAUGACAGGAGUCAGCAAGAGUGCAAAUACUACCUCACGAGCCAGCAGCCUAGGUCCUCCCUGGGUGUGUUUGACCAAGCCAGAAGAGAGCGAGCAGGGUGUGACACCCCCUCCUGGACAUGCGUCCAUACCCUCCAGCUCUCUUUCAGAGUCUCCCUCGCCCUCUUCCGCACAGCCUGACACGGGAGAUUCAGGUGACGGCGAAUUUGACGACGGUCCAGAGUACCUGGCCAUUGGUAAUCUGUGCCAACGCAAUCGCCGCAACACCCAAAGCUCCACACAGAGCAGUGAGCCCAGCGAGAGCAAGGACCUGUCCCCACAGCCAAAUUCUAUGGCUCUACCUCCACCCAGGCGCUCAUCUUUUUCAGAGGGCCAGAAAGAACCAGGCCGAGGGUCUCGAGGACACACCCGCUCGUUUUCCGACACAGGGAUUGCCCAAAAACUCAGGAAAGAAACGGUGAGCGAAGACUGCUGCGUUAAGGAGUACAACCCUUUCUCAUCCCAGCGCAGUGACGCCAGCACGCCCACUUCCCUUUACAUGGAGUCUCAUGGGUCUCAGCACAGCAGGGCACCGGAUGGUUUGUUCAGGAAGCCAUCAGAGGGCCAGAGCCUCAUCAGCUACCUGUCAGAGCAGGACUUUGGCAGCUGUGCUGACCUUGAAAAGGAGAACGCUCAUUUUAGCAUCUCAGAGUCUCUUAUUGCGGCCAUUGAGCUGAUGAAGUACAACCUGCGGUGUCAACAGGAGGGGGAGGAGGAAGGAGACAGUGACUCUGAGAUUCAGCAGCUCAAGCAGAAGAUCCGCCUACGAAGGCAGCAGAUCCGUCGCAACCGCUUACCGCCCUACACGGCCUCCCAGUACCUGUUCCAUUCGACGGAUAGCAGUGGUUCAAGGAGGAGCUCCCAGGACUCCCAUCACGGCCUAUUAGAUUCCGACUCGGCCGAGGAGGUGGAGGAGUGUGAACUACGAGAUGGCUGUGAGGGUCAGUCCCUGCUGGCGGUGUCUCAGAACGGCCUCUCCUUGUCACUUGCCUCCCUCUUCUCAGAAGCAGACAUAAAGCGCAGCAUAGGCUCCAGCAACAAGUCUUUCCUGAGCUCAGAGUCCAUUUCCACCUCCUUCCUUCAAUCCAACUCAGCGGAGUCGGUUGCCAUGGGUUUGCUCAGGCAGUUUGAGGGCAUGCAGCUUCCUGCCGCCUCUGAGCUUGACUGGCUGGUUCCAGAACAUGAUGCGCCACAGAAACUGCUGCCAAUCCCAGACUCUCUGCCCAUCUCCCCGGAUGAUGGAGAACAUGCAGAUAUCUAUAAGCUAAGGAUUCGCGUACGAGGGAACCUGGAGUGGGCGCCACCCCGACCACAAAUCAUCUUCAACAUUCACUCUCCACCCAAGAGGAAGAUAGUUGUGGCGAAACAGAAUUACCGCUGUGCUGGCUGCGGCACUCGCAUUGACCCAGAUUAUAUUAAGAGACUACGUUACUGCGAGUACCUUGGUCGUUACUUCUGCCAGUGCUGCCACGAGAAUGCCCAAGCGGUGAUUCCCGGUCGAAUUCUCAUGAAGUGGGACUUCAGCAAAUACUACGUGAGCAACUUUGCCCGUGACUUGCUGAGCAAGAUUCCUGGAGACCCGCUCUUUAAUCCAAAUGACAUCAACAGCAGCCUCUACAAGAAAGUUAAAGCUCUGGAGGCUGUCAGGGUUUUGAGAAUGCAGCUCUUUCAUAUGAAAAAUCUCUUCAAGAUGUGUCGGUUUUCAAAGGAGGUCCUUGAGCAGUUUGACAUCCUUCCUGGUCACUUGACCGAGGACCUUUACUUAUUUUCCCUAAAUGAUCUCUCGUCCGUGCGCAAUGGAGAAUUGGCCCCCCGAAUGAAGGAGCUGCUUAAACUUGGGACUGUGCAUGUAGCAGGCUGCGUGCUGUGCCAGGCAAAGGGCUUCGUGUGCGAGUUCUGCGGCAACGACAAAGACAUCAUCUUCCCCUUUCAACUGAGCAAGUGCCAGCGCUGCGAAGAGUGCCAUGCUUGUUACCACCGCGGUUGCUUCAGAGUCACCAAGGACUGCCCCCGGUGUCAGAGGCUGGCCGAGCGCCGAGAGAAGAUGGCAUGCAGGAACAUGGAGCAGCAAGAGGACGAGGGGGGCGGAACUUAAUGGGGAAAACGCGGAGACAAGGAGAAGUAGAGCACAAUGUGACCGUGAUUGUAAUGCCUCCCGUUGCACCCGUUCCACCUGGCUGAGUGCUUUGUCAAACUAACUAACUAUUAUCACAAGCACCUUUCACUCUAGCACUUAACACUGGAGAAUGUGUUCAAUGUGAAAAAGGAGAUUUGUACAGCUUUUUUGAGAAGUGAGCGUUUGCUGCCAUGCCAGGUGAGAUGUCUCAAUUCCUCUAGUAGAAAGGCAAGCUAUGGUGCACCACCACACAGCCAAAGAUUGUUCAUUGGCACUUAAAUUGGUUUUCCUCUGCAGUAAAACACAGGAGCUGAUAAAAUAUCGUACUUGUGUUUUUUUUUCCCCGCUUUUUUAACUCCUGCCGACAAUUGCUUUUACAUGCUUCAGGCCUGCUGAGGACGAAUGGUUUUGAUUUAAAAUGGCUGAAUUAUUAUUUGUCACGUAAAAGAAAGACUGACUGACUGACUUUCAAUGUACAUUCCUCCCAUUAUUAUUUUAAUUCAUAAUUUUAUAUAAGAAUUUUUUCUUGGGGGGUGGGGGGGGGGGGGGGUGUGCAUAGACACUCAUGCCUUGAGACCAAAAACUUUUUCCAGGGCUAGUAUGCCUGGCUAACUGUAGAGCUUAACAGCUUGCGCUAAAGCUGGGGAAGAGCAAGCAGAAAUGGUACAACCACAGCAAAACUCGUGCAUAACCUGAAACUUUGGGCAGAACUUUAUUCUAUGGACCGUCCCUGUUGACAAUAAACAGAAAAUAUGCCUCAGUAAUCCAGUUUAGCAGGUACAUUAAAAUGCUGCAAGCUAGUGGGUAUGUUGACAACAAACCUCCAGCUAUUUAUUGUUUUUUUUAUUUUGUAUUUUUUUUAGGACUUCAAAUGCAGAGAAUAUAGCUUCACAACAAUUUAUUUUUUGCAAGUAUUUUGGCACAGCAUUAUUGGUCAAUGGUGGGGCAUGAGCUAAAACUAGGUCCAAAUGAUUGCUAGCAGUGUGGUCAACGCUAGGGAAGAGUUAGUGACUCAGCGAAAGCUAGCAGUAAAGCUUAAAACGGGACUAGAUUUAGCCGUUGAGCUAAAUCCAAGACUGAAUGACUGAGCUGAAGCUAGGACUAGGUUUGUCGUUGCGCUAAAGCGAUGGCAGAGUUGAAGCUUACUGCCUUGCGUUGGUCCAGUGAGAUUUCAGGGUGAUGAAAACAUUCUUAAGACACAUUGUUUUUUUUUCCUGUAUUGUGUGUUUUGCCCUUAGAGACUGACAUGAUUUAGUUUGUAUAUCUACCUUGCUGUACUUUAUGCACAAAGGUUUACACUGAGCCUAAUCAGCACUUAGCUUUUUCUCCAAAUGUCACUGAAUUGGCAUUCCUGGAGAAAAUAAAGUUUAUUGCACUGAUGUAUGUUUGUUUUUGUGGGAGAUGGAAUGGAAUUGUCACUGGUGGGAUUGUUUUCUGAUGUUUAUCAGAAGAUGAUUCUUCACUCUCUCCUUACUGGUCCGCAAAACAGGAGAGAUGUUCUCUUUCCAAAAUGCACACUGUUAUUAAUUGCAUCCACAUUCUAACCAAAUGUACUUUUUUGAUAAUUUUCCUCAACAAUAUCUUACUAUUAUUACUCCAUAAUUAAGACAGUAACGCCAGACAAUAUUGGGAAACCACAAAAAGGACUUGUUUCCAUCCAUCUUCCAUCACCUUACCAUUUCAAACGGUGACAUACUGACAUUUUUUUUUUUAGUCCUCUUCAUAGGUCCACCCAAAGGAGACCAAAGUACUAUUGUCCACAAAUCUGUCCACUAGUAUCAUAGUGACCAACUUAACAUAAAUUAACAGCAUAGCUUCUCCUUAUACUACAGAUUCAGCACCCACCACUCUUAUGUGUGACUGAAGGUGUACUACAGAUGGAAUUAUUUUCAAAGGCUGAAAUUUAGAUGGUUAUAAUUAUUUUUGUUUGUGUUAUUUUAUCAUUGUUAUAGAAUGAUGUUGACAAUAAAAGAAUGGCCAGACUGUU